ACUUUAAGCUUCUAGAAAGUAUUAGAUUAAGGGCCUCUUAAGAUUUUUUUCUCAGUGAGCCCAGAUUCUAACAACUUCUAACAACUUGAUAAGAAAAGCCUCUUAGGCCAAAGCUGGGAAGUUCUGAUCUCUCCUGAGAGAAGCUAACCCUUUGACCUCACACAGUGGAGUAUGCUUCUGGAGGCCAUUGCUGUCACUGGGAUGAGCUUCAGGCCUGCACUUGGGAUUGUUUUCCAGCAUCCUCUUUACUUCGAGUGUAAAAUGGCUCUGGGGAUAAGAAAAGCUCCCCCGUUAGUGUUUCCCUUUCCUUAAGAUGGAAAGAUUGGCCGGAUUCAACAGAGCGUUGAAUCCAAAGUAGAAGCCAGAUUCUUAGAAUUGGGGGAGCUUUCUCUGCGAAUCCCUGAGACAUUUGUGUGAAUAACCAACCUAAGGGCAGGAAAAACCUUUGAAAGGAACAAUUAAAGUCUGUUUGCAUAAGCUUUCCUGGAGCCUGAGGGUAAAAGGUGCCCCUCCCUCCUCCCUACCUCAGGAAAGGAGACUGAGCAGAGAAAUGAUUUAUUGGGAAGGAAUGUGCAAAUAAAAAGAUGACACUUGUGUUCUUUUCAAGAUUUAGUGAUUUCUCUAGAAACAUGUUAUAGACUGACUUGUGUCCCCCCCAAAUUUCUAAAGUGAAGCUCUAAUCCCUAAUGUGACUGUAUUUGGAGAUAGAACCCAUUAGGAGUUAAUUAAGGUUACCUGAGGUCAUAGGGUGGGGCCCUGAUACUAUAGGAUUGGUAUAGUUAUAAGAGAAACAUAAGGUCCACUGUGUGAUCUAGCCAAGAAGAGGGUCUCACCUGAACCCGACCUUGCUGGCACCGUGAUCUCAGACUUCCAACUUCCAAAACUGCUCCGUGAGAGGAGGGGCACAACUGCUCACUAUCGUAUCCUGGGACACUUAACCCAGUGCCUGGCACGUAAAGAGGUUCUCAUGGAACAUUCUUUGGAUGAAUUUCAGAGAGGUAGACACUGAGUGGAGAACACGUACAACUAUGAAUCGGAGCUGUUGUUUAAAAAGGUUUAGGUUAUGCUGAUGUUGAGAAUCGUGUACCAUGCAAGCCAGAGACAGUUAUGAGAAUUGCCAGUAUCAGCAAAAGCCUCACCAUGGUUGCUAUUGCCAAACUGUGGGAAGCAGGGAAACUGGAUCUUGAUAUUCCAGUACAACAUUAUGUUCCUGAAUUCCCAGAAAAAGAAUAUGAAGGUGAAAAGGUUUCUGUCACAACAAGAUUAUUGAUUUCCCACUUAAGUGGAAUUCGUCAUUAUGAAAAGGACAUGAAAAAGGUGAAAGAAGAGAAAGCUUAUAAAGCCUUGAAGAUGAUGAAAGGGACGAUGGAAUCUGACCAAGAAAAAGAGUUAAAAGAAAAAGGAGGCAAAAGUAAUGAAAAGAAUGACUUUGCUAAAGCUAAGAUAGAGCAAGAUAAUGAAGCCAAAGGCCGCAAUUCAAAACCUUGCAAGAGAAAGAAUGAUUUUGAACAAGGCGAAUUAUAUUUGAAAGAAAAAUUUGAAAAUUCAAUUGAAUCCCUAAGAUUAUUUAAAAAUGACCCUUUGUUCUUUAAACCUGGUAGUCAGUUUUUGUAUUCAACUUUUGGCUAUACCCUAUUGGCAGCCAUAGUAGAAAGAGCUUCAGGAUAUAAAUAUUUGGACUAUAUGCAGAAAAUAUUCCAUGACUUGGAUAUGCUGACAACUGUGCAGGAAGAAAAUGAGCCAGUGAUUUACAAUAGAGCAAGAUUUUAUGUUUACAAUAAAAAGAGACGUCUUGUCAACACACCUUACGUGGAUAACUCCUAUAAAUGGGCUGGUGGUGGAUUUCUGUCUACAGUAGGUGACCUUCUGAAAUUUGGGAAUGCAAUGCUGUAUGGUUACCAAGUCGGGCUGUUUAAGAACUCAAAUGAAAAUCUUUUACCUGGAUAUCUCAAACCAGAAACAAUGCUUAUGAUUUGGACACCAGUGCCUAACACAGAGAUGUCUUGGGAUAGAGAGGGUAAAUAUGCAAUGGCAUGGGGUGUUGUGGAAAAGAAGCAAACAUAUGGUUCUUGUAGGAAGCAACGGCAUUAUGCCUCACAUACUGGAGGUGCAGUGGGUGCCAGUAGUGUCCUACUGGUCCUUCCUGAAGAACUGGAUGCAGCAACUAUAAAUAACAAGUUUCCCCCAAGAGGAAUAGUUGUUUCUAUCAUAUGUAACAUGCAAUCUGUUGGCCUCAACAGCACUGCUUUAAAGAUUGCUCUGGAAUUUGAUAAAGACAGAUCAGACAUGCCUUAACAUCACAGGUGCAAAACGAGCCGUUAUGGUUUUGUUUUUAUUUGUUUGUUUUUUUGAAACAUUAAAGUCCCCAAAUACAUGAGAUUUUAAAGAAUAAAUUUGUAAUAGAGUAUAAUUGAAUGCAGAGAAUUGUGUACCUCUAAUUGCUUAAUUUUGUAAUUGUCUUUUAUUGUAAGAUGAAUUCUUUAUACUCAGGGAAGUAUAACUAUAUUUUUACUUUUUGAAAAAAGUGUUAAUUCUUGAAAUAAAAUAUUCUGAUAAAAAUGUACUUUUUAAAUGUGUAAUAUAGAGAAAAUCUCAUUCCACAGGAACCUCAUAAUAUUGUUCUUUCAAUAUGAGAGCAGAAACAAGAUUAUGAGAAAUGGUAUAUUAGUUAUCUAUUGCAGCUUAAAAGAACACACAUUUAUUAUCCUAUGGUUUCUGAGGCUCAGGAAUUCAGGAGUAGGUUGGCUGGGUGGGUCUGGCACCAGGGCUUGUAAUGAGGUUGCAGAUAAGAUGUUGUAGUCUUCUAAAGACUUCUCUGGUCCUGGAGGAAAUCCUUCCCAAAUGGCUCAUUCACUCACAGAUCCUAAGACCUGUGAACUGAAGAUGUUCUUUGUUCCCCACAUCCAACCAGACACAGGUUGGCAGCUGCUUGAUUAGUACUCAAGGCUUGAGAAUAAUUCUUGGCUCCUGGCUGUGUUCUCAGAGCUCUUAGUUCUGCCCUCUGAGUUACUGUUUUUUUCAUGAAAGGCAAUAUGUGUUUGCAUCUGAGUGGCUUUCUCAGCCUGCUUUCUGCUUAUACAAGUUUGAGGGUCCAGAGGGCUCUUUUGUACUCUCCUUUCAGUCUAAGUUAACAGUCCUCCUGCUAAUAUAAUUUUUAAAAAUUUUGUGAGUCCCAUUGAGGUUCUUGCUAAUCUCAUUGAGGUUCAUGCUAAUAAACAAAAGCCAUACCCAAAAAUCUCUUCAAAAUAUAUCCCUCUCUAACGUGGAAUUCUGCUGAGACAAUUGGAGAAAACACUGUUAAGUUUCUAUUAAGGCCUAUUGUUUAAAUAGCUUUCGAGGCACCAUCUUGGUUCUUUCCACAGUCAUAAAGGGUUUUAUAGUCAUACCCUCAACGUCGUCUUUAGACUGUUUUUUUCCUGGAAGUGCCGUAAAUUUUAUCUUUGCUUUGAAAUUGUUUCUUAAUUUUAGCAUCUUUUGUCAUCUGGGGAGUCUGGGAACUUUCCAAACCAUCAAUUAUUGAUUCAUUUUUGUUUGGUAGUCCUUCCUUUAGCUUAUCUCUCUCCUGCUUUUUAGUAUAAGCAACAAGAAGAAGCCAAGAGUCAACACUGUGUCUGGAAAUCUCAGCUAGAUUCACCCGGUUCAUGAGGCAUAUUUUCUACUUUCUGUGGUCUUGCAGGCAACAGUGUUGCUAAACUUUCUGCCACUGGAGAACAAUAAUCCUCUUUCCUCCAAUUUCCAGUAACAUUUGUCCUUACUUUCCUUUAAGUCCACGCCUGCAGCCUCCUCAAAGGCCACCAUACUUCUAAACAGUUUCUUCAGGGUUCCUCAGGCUUUCACUGAUGCUCUUUUCAAAGUCCUUUCAACUUCUGUUCACUGUUCUCUUCUAAAUUCACCCCCACGUUUCAGGUGUUUGUUACAGCUGCACUCCACUUCCAGGUAUCGAAGUCUGUAAUGUAAAAAAAUAGGUAUUUCAGAUAGAAUUCACAAUUCACAUACCUUAAAAUUCAACCUUUAAAGUGUACAAUUCAGUGGUUUUAGUGUAAUCACAAGAUUGUGUACCCAUUCAAUUCCAGAACAUCUUCACCCAAAAAAGAAAUCUUAUACCCAUUAACAUUUGCUCUGCAUUCCUCUCUACUCCCGGGCCCUGGCAACCACCAAUCUACUUCUCUGUCUCUUUGGAUUUGCCUAUUAUGGAUGUUUCAUGUAAGUGGAAUCAUAUAAUAUGUGGCCUUCUGUGUCUAGCUUCUUUUAUUUAGCAUAAUGUGCAUUAAUUAUCUAUUGCUGCAUAACAAACUACCCCAUCUCACAAAUUCUCUGUUUCUUAAGUUCUGGGAGCAGUUUAGCUGAGUAGUUCUAGCUCAGGGUCUCUCCUAUGGCUGCAGGCAAGAUGUCAGCAGUAGUUUCGGUCACCUGAAGGCUUGACCGAGGCUAGAGGAUCUCAUUCCAAGAUAGUUCACCCAUGUGGCUAUAGGCAAGAGGCUUCUGUUACUUGCUGGCUUUUGGGAACAGGUCUCAAAUGUCUCACUUCAUGGACUUCUCCAUAGGUCUGCUUGACUGUCCUAUGGCUUCCCUCAGAUUGAGUGAUUAAAGAGAGAAACAAGGCAAAAGCCACAAUGUCUUUCAUAAUCUACCCUUGGAGGUCAUACACUAUCACCUAUGCCAAAUUCUACUGGUCACACAGACCCACCCUGAUUCAGUGUGGGAGAAGGCUACACAAAGGCUAAAUAACCAGAAGAUAGGGUUCAUUGGGAACUAUCUUGGAGACUGGCUCCAUGGAUGGCUUAUUGUAGUGUUGAUGUACUGGGAAAUAUUGUGUAACAGCCAUAGAUGACGAAUACUGGAGACUGAAUUCAGGAAAAUUCAAAAAGAAAUCAAAGUUUUAAUACAGUGUAAUAAAAGAGGACUUUUCUAUA